AUGAGUCGUUUUGCCUCUCCGCCGCAUAUCCUUGAUCUGGACCAUUUGACGGUUAGUGGAGAUGUCACAUUCGGUUCCGGUGUCGUCCUUAAGGGGACCGUUAUCAUUGUCGCAAACCAUGGAUGUCAUAUUGACAUACCGUCUGGAUCAAUUCUGCACGACAAUGUGAUUUCUGGCAAUUUGAGAAUCAUGGAUCAUUAG